AUGGCUACUACAAACACAAUUAUCAUUGUGUUGAUCUCAUUCUCCAAUGAUGCUAUAGAAGUUGUCUUUCACAAGAAGAGGAAGAUCAUGUUGAACCGGCUUUUCAAGAAGUGGAGGGCAUGGCAGCAGCAAGUGUUGGCCUGGAAAUGUGUUCUUGGUGGGACAAGGCUUGGGGACCCUGAGCUCCUAACAUUGAAGGCUUAUAGAAUCAUUCAGACUGCUGAUCUAUUGUUGUAUGAUAGGUUGAUGUCCAAUGAUGUGUUGAAAUUGGUUGACUCUGGUGCUAGACUUCUCUAUGUGGGCAAGACUGCUAGGUACCAUAGCAGAACCCAGGAGGUGAUACAUGAAUUGCUACUGAGUGUUGCUGAAGUUGGAGCUAAUGUUGUGAGACUAAAAGGAAGGGAUCCACUGGUGUUUGGUAGCGGUGGGGAGGAGAUGGAUUUUCUGCGACAACAAGGAAUUGAAGUGAAUGUUAUUCCAAGUACAAUGAUAGAUUAG